AUGCACGGCGUCUGCAGCUCGCCGCUGUCGUCUAUAGACGGAGAAGAGGACGCAGCGAGUGCGACUGGAUUUGGCUUCGUACCGUCUCCUGAAUCAAAGCAAAGCACGCGUCGAUUGGCGGGCAAGAAGUCGCGAGCGAAAGCCAGGAAGACGAUCGUACCUAGCAGGAAAAGACGAAAACCUACCGCGGCGGGCAAGAAAAGUACCCAAACGUUGGUACAAGCCGCACCUCGCGACUUUGUUGCGUACUUAGUCGAGCAAUUGACUACCGAGCAGCAGAAUACGUACGCAACUGAGUUUGGCACGACACAGGACGCGCUUGUACAGCUGCCAGCAAUCGAGCAAUGGCCAAACAAACGCCAGCGCGCCGCGCUCUCCCGCUGGCUGCGAGCGCUUGGCUUUGUGUCGAGUGCGACGUUGAAAGAAAGCGUUUUUUGUGUGGAUAAGACCGUGGCCGACUCGGUGCGGGCUGCGCUGAUGGAGGACGCGUCUACUGCAAGAUCAAGCGAUGCUCAUAACGAAGCUGUUUUUGGUAGCGACGGUUGUUUACUUGGUAAUGGAAGCGCGCACCAGAGAGAAAAGCGCGAAUCAGAUGCAGAGAUGGUCCGAUUACAAAAGCACUAUGAGAAGAUGGAAGCGAUGACGGUAGAGAUCUUGUCGUUUUCCGAGUAUCGAAUGCUGUCGUCGCUGCAUCACGAGGUGAUUGCUGAUGCGAUGGAGAGCGUGCUGGCACGGUCAUCUGUCCGUCGGGAUCGUCGACUUGCGCGACGACGAUCAAUGCUUGGGAGGACAUCGGCUCGCCGGUUAUCUAUUGGUCGUGCAUCGCCGUGUCGUACUCAUCAGCCAUUGGUUGCGGAUCGGGUCCGGGAUCGAGAAAAAACCGAUACGAGGAUGUCGCUGACUGCGGUCAAAUGUCGUGUCUCGCCAGGCGACAGAGGACUAGCUGGGAAGAAGACGUUUCAGGGAGAACGUGUGUUGUGUCUCAUUCUUUACUCUGGUCUGAUUGACGUGAAGUCGUUCAAGGAAGUGCUUCGCAAAGUCUCAAUACGGGCAUACGCUUGGAUUAUCGCGGACUACUCAAAGAAAGCGAAUUUUUGCUCGAUGGCUGAACUCUAUAGACGCCAUCCGCGAGGCCAUCAUCACGCAAGUGGGGCUUACAAAGAAGUGUACAAGGUGUUUUCAUUCGAGCAGAACCGGCUCGAGGCCAUAAGCAUGAUGGAUAUUAGCGCACUUGAAGACAUCGGCAAUCAGAGUGUGAUUCGUCAAGAGGUGGCCCACUCGGUAUUGCUGUCACACGCGACCGAGGACGGCAUCUGCCCAAACUUCCUUCGAGUGUACGAUGUUUUUCUUGCGCCUGAUCAACCUCGGCCUGAUCUAUGGGGAAACAGAGCGCACCGCAAGCCGGUUAAGUUGUUAGCGGAAGCGCAUGCAAAUCCUGGUGCUGAGGUUUGCGAGAAAGACGUACCGGUGUGUCCAAGUAACGAAAGCGAGCGGUUGUUUCAAUAUAUCCGGAUGGAAUUCUGCGACGGUGGCGAUCUGGAGAACUUUGUCGGACUGCAGAAAGAUAAAGCCUUGCCUGUGGCUUGUGUUGCUGUGCCAUUUUUCUUCCAAAUGGUAUACAGUAUGUACUGCGCCCGGGAAAGAUUUAGCCUUCGGCAUUGUGAUAUCAAGCUUCUCAACUUCUUUCUGAAGGACAUUGGCUGCACUAAUCGCCACAAGGAUUCAGGGUCUGACGUCACACUGCACUAUCUAUUGGAAGAUAUGUGCUUUGUUCUCCGUAUGCCUGCGUCUUUCUCGUACUGGGUCAAACUCGCGGACUAUGGUGCAGCCGACUCAAACCCGGAAAAUCUGGGAAAACCUGUGACAAUUGACCAGUUCACGACUCUUGAAAACUCGCCGAUCGAACACUUAUUAGAAGGUGAUGCAGCUGAGCAGUCGUAUGCAGCAGACACAUUCUGUCUGGGUUUGUGCAUGCUACACUUGUUUACUGGAAGCGGACCAUACGAAGAACUUAUGGAAGACGUGCGUUGUCCCACGGAACUCUUGAAGGGGUUAACCAGCAUUUGGAUGAGUUCACGAAAGAACUCGGGGUUUUCUGUGAUAAAGAAAGUGGCGCGCGGUGACGAUGUUGACACGCUCUGCCACACUCUUUACCGCUUCAUUGUACUAUUUGGACUGCCAGGGCAAAAUCCAAGCGAAAGUAAAGGAAUCAACAAGGUGUGGCAGCUGUUGUUAACACAUUUGCGGCCAGAGGAUCCGGCGCUGACUCGCUUUCAGCGACGAUCUCGACGAACAAAAGGUGUGUGCGAAGCUCAAGUGCUCGCAAAGUCGCAGUUUGACAAGGACAAGUCAUUAUACUCUAUCGCUAGUGGAUCAAACGAUAUUAUUCGUCGAGGCCGCGAAAGACUGCAGUCUGUCUCGGGUGCAAUGGAGCUGCUGAAUAAGCUGGUUGACUUUGACCCCGCGAAGCGUCCUACACUGAAGCAAGUGAUGUACCACCCGGUGUUUUCGGGCUACCGCAUGUGCGACGACGCCACCUCGCCAGACUAUGUAAUUAGUUACUAUAAGAACCGCCAUCAGGGUGGUCACAUGAUCUCGGACGUGUAG